GUCGACGCCGAACGCAGAACACUUUCUGGAAGCAUGUCUAAAGCAGCGUUGAAAGGUCGAGCGCAACUAGUGAGACUGCUCAUUCCGGCGGGCAAGGCAGCUCCCACUCCGCCUGUCGGUCCCGCACUCGGUGCUCGCGGUGUCAAGUCAAUGGACUUCUGCAAGGAAUUCAACGCCAAGACGGCUCAUGUCGAACCUGGUGUACCAAUACCAACAAUGAUCACGGUUCAGCCCGACCGCACCUUCACCUUCGUCACCAAAUCGCCACCCUCCUCAUAUUUUCUCAAGAAAGCCGCCGGUAUAACUAAAGGCGCGGGGAAGCCUGGGCAGGAGACCACCGGAACGAUAAGUCUCAAACACGUGUACGAAAUUGCGAAAAUCAAAGCCUCGGAUGAACAUAUGCAACAUAUCCCAUUGGAGUCGGUGGCGAGGAUGAUAGUGGGGAGUGCACGAUCACUCGGAGUGCAGGUUGUACCAUGAUGAUGCCCGAGGCGCGUAUUCUGCCGGAUAUAAUCGCAGUGUGGUUAUUGACGUAGUGGCCACAAGACUGUGUGAAGGAAUCGAUGGCGUGUUCCCAUGCCUGUUUUGCGUUUGCAUCAGCUGGGCCCAGAUCCAUGGCUCAUAUCCCGAUACCCGAGUUAGAGUCCGGCGUAAUGAAAUCACCCUUCCUAAUCUGAUGCGAGAUCGUGCGCACUGGCCGACCUCGCCACCUUGCAGCGCCAAAGUUGCUGUUUACGACUUUGUUUCCGUUAGCGGGUUCCUAAGAUUCCUUUUUAGUCCUUCAUAUCACUUGCUUGGACCGGCAAGCUUGGAUGUGGGCUGGGCUGCUUGUGGUUCCGCCGUUGGGCUUCGGGCUGAUAUCACGACUGCAUCGACACGCCUCAGAUGCAUGCAAACUCCUGUGAAUCCCCGGAUGCUGGGCACGCUUCCGAUCGCACGAGCCAGACUGCUGC